AUGUUGCUCCAAUUCAUCCUGGUGGCUAGGUUGUGGCAGUCGGUAGUUGCGGAUUCCAAUAACUGCUCUAGUAGUGUAACCAUUUCCAGCCAAAGCGAUGCCGACAAUCUGCGCGAUUGUGAUACUCUUGACGGGAGCAUCAUCAUCUCCUCUUCGGUCACCGGCAUAAUCACUAUUAGCAACGUUGAACAAAUCAACGGUGCGAUGACGGCCGAGGGAGUAUCAGGUCUCACCAAACUAAUUGCUCCGGACCUUGACACGGUCAAGGGAGCCCUGACAUUGGAUGGGCUCGACUCUCUCACGACUCUGACUCUGAACGCACUGUCUCGGGUGUCCUCGGGCCUGACAAUCGCUGACAACUCGCGGCUCGAAAGCCUUGACUUUGAGGAGCUGGAAGAAGUUGAUGGGCAACUGAUACUGACGGGCUCAUUCAAGGGUGUCUCAUUGCCAUCGCUCGACCAGGUCAGAGGCCAGGCAAUCAUUCGAGGUAGCAGCUCCAUGUCUUGCAGCACGCUAAACGGCCUGCGAUCGGAUGGGGUGUUCCGAGGCGGAUACUCCUGCUCGGCUGGUUCAAUGGGCAAUUCGCUAAGCGCCGGCGCCAAAGGUGGCAUCGCAGUAGGUGUCAUCGUUGGGGUUCUGCUCCUGUUGUUCUUGCUGUGGUACAUGCUUCGACAGCGGCGUCAGCGAAAUAACAGCCGCGGGGAAUCAGACGCACCACCCUCGCCAGUACUGCUCGCGGACGAGAAACCACCCAACUCUCAAGACAAAUCUAUCUCAUCAGAUGAACCCCAACGUUUUUCAUCUCACUCAUCUUUCUCGCCUCCGGUCCUGGCCAAGGUACCCGUGCCUCGGAAAGCGAUUGGGCCGCUACCAGCUUUGUUAGAUGGAAGGUCGAUCCAUGAAGCGCCGCACGCGGUGACACCCGUUCAAGAAUAUCACGAGCUGGACGCUGGGCCAGUUUUCAGCACCCAUCAACGACCACUUAAUUCCGAGGGCUAA